UAAUGUCUCCUCUGUACUUGUAAAUCUUCACGCUAAUUUUCACGUUGUAUAAAUCAAAAAUGAACUCACAGCUGUGGUAACAGGUGAUUACAUGUGUUGACCUCAUAGGGUCGUACCGAUGAGAAAUUGGAGGUUAUGAAUGACGUUCUCGCAGUAAAUCCAAUGGAAACAAUACAACCGAUUGAAGGAGUCAAUGAAUCGGAUCAUAAUAGGGAGAGAUGCAACGAGGACUUAAUUUCUAGUGAAGGGAAGAUUAUGGAUGUCGUUUGUAGUGAGAAGAAAGUUAUGGAUAACGUGGAGUAUAACCUUAAAAACCCCGAGAUAGUGUUGAGUAAACGGCAUUUAAAGAAAUUAAAAAAGUUGAAAAUGUGGAAUGAACGGAAGGACUUAAAAAGGCUGAAAGAACGAGCGAAGCGAAAGAAGAAGCUCAAGGAGGAGCGUGAAACGAACAAGGGAUUCUCAAGAAUAGCUUUGAAAAAUAGAACGAUGGCUGCAAGUCUAUGUAAACUAACCGUUACCAUUGACUUGUCCUUUGAUGAACUGAUGAUUGGCAAGGAUUUAGCUAAGCUAACAAAACAAAUUCUGAGAUGUUACUCAUUAAACAGGCGCUCAGAUGCUCCAAUACAAUUUUCCAUUACAAACUUCAAUGGACCCUCAUUACUCGAAAUGGAAAAGCACAAUGGUUACGAGAACUGGGAUGUAAAAUUCUGUAAAGAACCGUACCUGAAGGUGUAUCCAAAAGACAAGAUAGUGUACUUGACGAGCGAAUCUGAAAACGUUAUAGAAGAAUUAGACCACGAUUCUGUGUAUGUGAUAGGUGGUUUAGUGGAUCAUAAUAGUCGAAAGGGGCUUUGUUAUAACGAGGCAGUGAAAGUUGGGAUCAGACAUGGCCAACUUCCCUUAAAUAAAUUUUUGAAGAUGAACACAAGAAAAGUAUUGACUAUAGAUCACGUUUUUGAAAUUCUCUUGAGGGUAUCGGAGGGUAAAACCUGGCAGGAAGCGUUCAUAGAAGUUUUACCAGAAAGAAAGAAUGCCCAACUAAUUUUACCUAAAAAAAUGGAUAAUUUACACGAGUUAGAAAUUAUUCAUAAAAAUGCAAAUGAAAAAGAUCAAAAUCCUGUCAAAACGGAGGUAAAGAAUUUGGAAGUUGUUCAACAAGAUACAAAAGAAAAAGGUGGUCAGAAUUCUAAAAUAACAGAGGUGAUCAUGGAAAACGGUGGAAUUAUAAAUGAUAGUAAUUGUUGAUGACGGUAAGUUAACUCGUGAAGUUGUCAAAUGAUUAUACAAAAAGUGAUCGCAGGAUAUAAUCGAAGCUACAAGGAAGGCCACAAGAAAG